GGAAGCUUCAGUUACCAUCUACCAACUGCCUUGAGCGGACGUUAACGGAAACGCGUCCCCUAAUUAUUAAGUUUUGUAGUUUGAAGAGACUUCAGCUGUAAUUUUUUUUUAUAUCUGUUGUCUUGGAAGUAAACAAAGCUUCUUCUUUAGCUCCAUACUAACUUACACUUCCUGAGAUAAUCUAUAUAGUAUCUCAUGCUUGUUCGUCGGUGUUCCGUGCAUUUUUGUUAAGACCGCCAGUAGUGCCCCAUACGUGCUGGGGCCAAUACCUUCCCCUCGUAUCCGGGUCGUAUAGAGCUUCUUAGUUGAACACAAAAAAAUUAUAUCGGAAAAAUAUAUAAUCCGUUGCAUCACUGUCUGAACACUUCAGUCGAUCGAAGGUUGUUGAGCUAAGCUAUACUUAAGAAAAAAAAAAAAAAACGGAACGGUUUUGGAUACGGAUCUCGAAGAUUCUACAAAAAUAAUAAAUUGAUGUUUCAAAGCUUAUGUGUUUUCGGAUUGAAAAUAAAAUAAACAAUUUUUUUCAAAAAAAAAAAAAAAACUGUGAUAAAAAAAUUGGAUUUUUUUGAUUUUUUGAAAAGUGAACUCAAGCCUUGCAUGUGGAUUACCUUAAAGGCUUUCAAAUAGUGAUUUUUUUUGAAAAAAGAUGCAAAAUAAAUGAAAAAUGUUUUUAACCUAAAAAAAAUAUUAGAAAAUUUUCAAAAAACAAAAUAAAUCCCAAAAAAAGUGAAUAAAAAUUUAAAUUUAAGAAUUAAAAAAAAAAAAACUCCCUUGUAAUGCUUAACAUGGAGUCACCCCAAAUGUACGACACCGUGCAGACUCUGUCACAACUGGACCUCAAAAAGCAGCCCGCCCAAGCCAUCAUUGGUCAGAUAACACUGACAGCGAUGGGCAAUGGCGGUAAUAGCUCCUCCGAUGCAAAUAACAAUCACAAUAACGGUUUAGUAGUGAAUAAGCACUCUGUCCAUCAUAUGCAACAAGCGGCAGCUGUCAACAACAACAACAAUAACAACACCACCAACAAUAACACCUCUCAGCAACAACAACAAAACAACAACGUUACAACCAGCAUGUUGCAAAAACAAAUGAUGCAGCAAUAUUCACAAAGUGACCUGGACGAGUUGACAACUCAAGAAAUAACCCUCGACCUGCAACACCUCAUCGAUGAUCAAUUCCGUGAGCAGGAAGCUCUGGGAAUCUUCAGUGAUAUGGUUGCUAGUCCUGGAGGUUUUGGUGGAGGAGGUUUGAACACAAAUGGGGUUGUGAGUGCAGCGGCCAAAGUACUUCAGCAGCACCAGCUGCAGCAACAGACGUUACGAUCAGCCCAGAAUCAUGGUUACAGUCGAAAUGCCCUGGCUUAUAUGCCUCAGGCAGUUCAUUCGGGAGCAACUUAUAGCAACAAUUCGAGUGGUGAUGAGAACAGUUCAGUGGGUUCGGAGGCUUCUACCAUUAAAGAGGAACCAAUUGAUCCUCAGGAGUACAGAAGACAGCUCCAGGAUGGAAAUGCAGCAGCGGCAGCUUUUAUCGGUGCCGCAAAUGGAACAACAAAUGGACUGUACAACUUGACGGCUGGGAGUGGAAAUCUACCGUAUCAGGGUACAAACGGCGGAAGUAAUGGUAAUAAUGCUUUUACAACACUUACCCCUGCCAAUGGCCUGCAUCACGGAAAUCUACCACAUCUUACCGCUGGAGCACAUCUCCUUAAAUCACAUCACCUUUCGAACAACAAGCAGAUGCUACCUCAGCGAAAGCAAUCCCAAAAGAACAUUGACAAGGGCACAGAUGAAUACCGUCGUCGUCGUGAACGGAAUAAUAUUGCAGUUCGCAAAAGUAGAGAAAAGGCCAAAGUUCGAUCGCGUGAAGUUGAGGAGCGCGUCAAAACUUUACUCAAAGAAAAGGACGCCCUGUUGAGGCGUUUGGAAGAAAUGACCAAUGAAAUUCAGCUACACAAACAAAUUUACAUGCAAUUGAUGAAUCAUGCCAAUCCGGAAGUUAGUCGAAUAUGCAGAAGCUUUCUGAACAUGAGCGAUCAUGGACUUUAGGAGUUAGAAGACUUUUUUUUUUAAAUAGUUAAUUCCGUUGCACACUGCUGGUCUCAGGAUAUUUAUUCCUCAUCCAAAAAUCCUCAUUUUUUCAAUUUUAUUUUUGUACAAAAAAAAAAAAACAACUUAAAAACAACAAAAAACACAUGUCCAUGUUUCCUUAAAAGAAAUUGUGUAGUUAAAUUAAUAUAUGGUGAAAGUUUAAACAAAAAUUCAUAAUCAAACAGUAAUAAGUUUUUUGUAAAUAUUUUUUUUGUCUCGUAAAUUAUUUUCAUAAAUUUAUUUUUUUUUUGUAAAAUUCAUUAAAUUAAAAAAAAAAAUAUAUUAAAAAAAUAUUUUAUUUCGUCAGGUAUACAUUCAUUAAAUUC